GCCCGACUAUGCUUUCGCCAUUCUCUCGAGAAGCACGCGCAUCGGGAGAGAUGCAAGCGCUGCUGUACCACACCCUCUUCUGCUCCGCCGGCGGCCAGCUCCUCCCGCUGGCCGCCGCCUCCGCCUUGCCGAUCCCGCCUCUUCCCUCGACCCUAGGCCCGACCUCGGUUCGCUCUUAUCGCCGCCUAAGCCUCUCAGUUCCUCCUCUCGGCGAAACCCUCCUUUCUCCCGCGACGCCCGCGUUUCCCACUUCCGCCUCGCGUCUCCUCGAUCCCGAGCGCCGUAAAUUCGUGCGAGGCGCCGCGAGCUCCCCUUCGUCCGAUGCAGAUUCCGAGAAGGCAAACCUCGCGCAGGUCUCUCAAAGAUUGGAGAACACAUCUAGAUAUUUUAAGCGUUUGGGAAGUCUAGGAUUCUGGGGGCAGCUAGUUUGCACUGUUGUCUCUGCUGCUGUUUUAUCAUUCUCCUUAGUUGUCACUGGGAAGGUUACUUCACCCAUCACAUUUUACACCACUGCUUGUGGUAUUGCAGCUGCAUUUAUUUCAGUCUUUUGGUCAUUUGGUUACAUAAGGCUCUCAGAAAGGCUGCAGAGAACUUCAAACGAUCCUGCAAAGGCUCCUCCUAGGACCGAUGUUGUGAAAAGUUUAAAAAAUGGCAUUGUGUUAAACCUUCUGGGAAUGGGUGCUGCAAUUCUUGGCAUGCAAGCAACUGUUGGGUUAUUGGUCGCAAAGGCACUUACUACUUCAGCAGUUCCUUACUACCAGAUGUCCCCCAGUCAGAGUCCUGUAUUGCCCUUGGAUGUGUUCUUGGUACAGGCUUCUGCCAACACAAUCCUCUCGCAUUUCUUGGGGCUCGUGUUCUCGCUAGAACUACUGCGCUCAGUCACUUUACCACAUCUGGAGCCUGUUCCUGUUCCAAAAGCUGUUUAGCUAGGUCAGUUUCUGGUUUGAAAAAUGUGCUUCCUUCUGUAGGUAUUGUUUCUAAUCCAAUUACUUUUAGUUUGUUCUCCUUGGUGCUCAUUGAAUUCAACAGUCUUAAAAUUUGAUCAAACGUCGCUUUUAUGAUUCAUUUGCAAUCUUUC